UUGGUCUUCAGUUUUUAUUAUCAGAGUUCAACUCGACUCAACAAAGCAAUCAAUGAACAACAUGCUUGGUGCUGCCAUCUUUAUUGCAGGAAUUGCCGCAGCUCUGGCAGAGGGAUAUGGAUCCCGAUGCUUCGACUGCAACUAUGCACCAUCAGGCUACAGCUACCACGUGAACUACUGGAAGCGUGUCUCCUCCAACGCUGGCUUUGAGGGAUGUGCUCUGACAGACAAAGAUGAUGCCGAGAGCCUAGACAAAUGGCACUGCUCUUCCGGAACAUGCUUCAUCCGCAGAGACAAGAACGGACUUGUAUACCGUGGGUGUGCCAACCCAGAGAACCUCCCCCUUGGUGUAUCUGCCUACAGACAGUGUGCCUACCAGGGAGAGUCCUUCUACUAUUUCUGCAAGGGAGAUCUUUGCAAUGCUGGACAGCUGGGACAAGAAGGAGUCUGUGGCUACAAACCUGCAUACUACGGACACUACAACCCCUGUGAUGGAAAGUGUGCCUACAACCCAAGUGGUCUCUUUGCUGACCAUUACAACCGCAAUGGCUUCAUCCAGUGUGGAUGUGACAACAAGAAUGGAGAGACAUGUAGCUGCUGCAAGCCUUUCUACAUGAGAUGCCCAUAUGGUACCGCCUUUGAUGAUUCUACCAAGGUGUGCAGCAAGGCAGCCUAUAAUCCCCACUAUGUACCAGCUCCAUACCACCCUGCUCCACAUGCUCAUGUGCACCACGCUCCAGCUUAUGGACAUUAUUAAAUAUGUCACAGAAAUUAAGUGCACAAUUUGAAGGAAAAUAAAAUAUCAAGCUUUGAUAAUUGCAUAUAAAAA